UAACUCACCAUCUUCAUCUUGCUUUACUUGAGCAAAGGGCAAAAAAAAAAAAAAAGGCUCACUCAAAAUCAACAGUGACUCACUCAUACGAGAUCAAUCAAAAAGUCAGAAAUGAGUAACGAAGCUCCCAAACUCUACAUUCACAAACCUAAAAAAUCGAAACUGAAGAAACAUCAUCAAAUGCAACCAUCGCCGGCGACGGCGGGUUCUUCGGCUGCCGCUGCACCGCCGCGGCCACCAAUCGUUCCUCCGGCGCCACCAAUCGUUCCUCCGGCGCCACCAAUCGUUCCUCCGGCGCCACCGACCAUUUCUCCAGCGCCACCGAAAGAGUCGUUUGCACGCCGUUACAAGUUCAUGUGGCCUCUUCUCCUUGCCGUUAAUUUCUCUAUUGGAGCUUACCUUUUCAUGAGAACAAAGAAUAAGGAGAAUAUGGAAGAAGUGGCAGCUGUUGCUUCUACUCCCACUUCUGCCAUUUCAGCUGCUUCAGUUGCUGUUGUGGGACCUGUGAAACAACGUGCACCGAUACCAUUAGAUCAACAACUUGAGCUUUUUAAGUGGAUAUUGGAAGAGAAAAGGAAAAUUAAGCCAAAGGACCCCGGGGAGAAAAAGAAAAUCGAUGAAGAAAAAGCCAUUUUGAAACAAUUCAUCCGAGCGAAACCAGUCUCAUCUUUGUAAUCAUGGGUAGGUUCUGGCUCGUUUAUGGUUAGUUGUACAUUUAGUUUACCUUUUGAUUUAUGAUGGGAUGUUGGUAUACUUGCAUUGCUAGAUUACCGGUUGGUUUUACUUGCCAUGGGUUUUACACUUGUAGGGCAUGCGAUCUAUGACCCUUCACAAGUAAAUAAUGAUAACGACAAACAGAUAGGGUCAAUUUUGAACAUGUAUGCUUUAAGUUUGUAUCAACAUCAUGGUUACAAGCAAGUCGAGCUUUUGUUGAGUUAUUUGAGCUUGAUUGAUCUUAA